CGGCGUGUGUCGCGCAGUCAGUGUCACGCAGCAGCGCGUGUGAGAUAUCUGACAGAACACAAAGUAAGGAGGAGGAAGGAAUUUGAUAGAUCGGGUGGAUGACGGCAGAGUUUUGAGCCGGGAAACUAUCGUCGAUUGGCCCGGGGCAGGAUCGGAGUGGUGUAAAAUAGAAAGAUAUAUAAAAAGAGAUACAGAGAUAUAGAGGAGACAAAAGAGCGGCGGGUGAGGCUCCGCGGCGGCACCCAGACGGUUGUCAAAAAAUCAAAACAACAAAAAUGGCCGAUCCGAGCAGCGAGGCCGCGUCGUCCAGCGGCGCUUCGGAUCUGGCGGCCGUCGCCGCCGCAACACCGAUACGCGACGAGGCCGAGAAACAACAGGUCGAGGAUUUUCUCGAACCGGAUAAAAAGCGUAGGAAAUUUUCAAGGGGCGACGGAAAGACAGAGCAAAAGCUGGAGCAUCGGCUGGGCGGCAUCCUCUGCUGUGCCGUCUGUCUCGAUCUGCCCCGGGCAGCCGUUUACCAGUGCACCAACGGACAUUUGAUGUGCGCCGGAUGCUUCACGCACGUCCUGGCCGACGCUAGGCUUCGCGAUGAGCUCGCCACUUGUCCGAAUUGUCGGAUUGAAAUCAGCAAAACGUCAGCAUCGAGGAAUCUUGCCGUUGAAAAAGCAGUGUCUGAACUUCCGGCCGAGUGUCAAUACUGCGCCAAGGAAUUCCCGAGGAAUUCUUUGGAACGGCACGAGGAAACGAUGUGCGAGGAAAGAAUAUCCAGCUGCAAGUACAGUCGAAUCGGAUGUCCAUGGCGGGGUCCAAGCCACGAAGGAGCCGAGCACGAGACCCACUGCGUCCAUCCGCAUCGUACAGGGGCCGACGUGAUGGAGGCACUUCGAGACAUCGAUGCCAGAACCCUUGAGGAACGUCGACUCUAUGACAGCGUCUUCGAUCUACUCUCCUACGAAAAGAUCACAUUUAACGAUCUGCAAAUGAAGCCGUACCGAACCGACGAGUUUGUCCAUAAAUUGUUUUACGAAACAUCGAGAUUCACCGCGUUCAACAACCAAUGGGUGGUCAAGGCCAGGAUCAACAACAGCCAACGUGAUCCGACACAAAGUUCAGAACGUGACAUGACUUAUCAGUUAAUACUGAAAACGAAAACAACGUAUCCUUUGCCGUUACACUAUCUCAUCCUCAAAGGACCGUUCGGCGACAUGAAAGUACAGCCGAGAAUACACAGAUUCGAUUUUACCGAACAGGACAACGAGAGUCCGUAUCUACCUUUACCUCUCCCUGACACCGCCGAGUGCAACAGACUUCUAGCUGCAAAGGCUAUCAACUUUCGGUACGUUCACAUUCCACGACUGAUCAUGUUUUUGGCCUCGAAGUAACGCAUUAUUCAGAGACUUGAUCUAACGCUUAGCGGAGGGCAGAACGCAAGAUGUUAAUAUAAUCCUCACUAGACGGCUGAUCAUUGCUGUAUGUAUGAAUAAUUGGUAUUCUCAUAUUAUUACGAGUAAUGAUACUACGGAUUAUGAUCUAUUCGCUGACUGUUGAUUGUGUAGAGCGUAGGCGAGAGAAUUAUACACAGAUCUUGACGAGCUAUAUCAUGAUUAUAUUUAUAUAAAUAUCUAUCCAUUAUACUCGUAUGCGUAUGCAUAUGCAUAGAAAUAUAAAUAUACAUAUAUCUAAAUCUUUAUCGACGGUAAGAAAUGAUUCUGUUAAUUGCCUAACACAACUUUGCGUGAAACAGUAGUAUUGAUAGUUGUUUUUUCUCCUUUUUAUCGUUUUUCUUUUUUAUACUCAUACCAUUAGCUGACGCGGUUUUUCAAAUUAGAAAACCAGACUUGAUAUCGUUGAGCCUCGGUAAAUACUUUUGAAAUAUGUCUCAUCAAUCAAUGUAAUAAAUAACUAAGAACCUAUAUUAUAUUUAGCACGUUAGAUAUUAAGCAUAUAAUGAAUUCAGCAUGUCGAUAUUGUGAACCCGUAGAUUUAAAUAAAUUCACUAUGAAACUACUAUGA